UCAAGUGAAAACUCUUUACUAACCCCGAACUCCCGAUUCCUUCGUCCGUCCUUCUUUCCUUUUCAGUCCAAAUCCUAUACCUCAUCUCAGAUUCUCGAUCUGCCGGUCCCUUCCUCUUCUCCGUCUCCGACUGUGAUUGCAGCGGCCCUAGUCGAGGAGGAAUCGACUCCGACAGCAUUGCAACGGCUCCUUCAUCUUCUCAACGUCUCCGGUACAGCGAACCAAGGCAUUUCUCCUUGCCCUCGCAUGGACCAACACAUACAGUCUCUGUUGAAUCGACUUUCCUGUGCAGCUGUCACUGUCGCCACUGUCACUCUCAUUCUCCUCUUUGCUCAAACCCCAGAGACAUGCAUAACAGAUGAACCGAUAGCCCCACAGAUUAGGUUCCCGAAGUCCUCCUGUGAAGCCACCCACCGUGAAUUUGUCUCCAUUGAGAAGAAAAACAAACGCCUGUGGUCCACCAGGGACUGGCGGAAGAAAGUCGAUUCCUUCACUGAGCUUUUCCAUGGAAUUCGCCAUCUGGGUUUGCUCACCAACCACUCACGGGUCCUCUGCGUCUCAUCUGGGGCUGGCCAUGAAGUCAUGGCAUUAUCAGAAAUGGGUGUGAUUGAUAUCACUGGGGUUGAACUUGUUGAUUCUCCUCCACUGGUGAGUAGAGCUGAUCCCCAUAAUCUCCCCUUUUUUGAUGGUGUCUUCGAUGUAGCCUUUAGUGCACACCUUGCUGAGGCAUUGUUUCCUUCUCGUUUUGUUACUGAGAUGGAAAGGACAGUUCGACCUGGUGGUGUUUGUGUUCUUGUUGUGGAGCAAUGCUCGGAGGAGGAUCUGCAGGAAAUUAAGGCAAUGUUUCAGAGUUCCAGUCUUCUUGGUGCCCGGAAUGUCACAUUAUUUGGAUUGAAAAUGAUUCAGAUUCUAUUGAGAAAUAGAAUACCUCCUUGAAUUCACUGCCAUUUUUCCUGAGAUAUAUAUAACUUUCACGAAUCUGAUGCAUUUGAAGCUGAGCAAUGAGCAAAUCAUGAGACUGCUCAUAAUACCUUUGAAAUUGACAAGAUGAGUCUGUUCUGCAGACCCUGAGUCUACCCAAAAGAACUACAGAGAUGAGCUUCUCUCGUGAGGUAACAUUCACAUCAUUACAUAUUACUGUGUAUUGUGCAUAUCAUGCUUUCAGAAAUAGAAGAUAUUUUGGUCCACAGUUGACGGUGAACCUUUUGUCCCUCUAGUGGAGAAUGCAUAUAUAAUUUUUUGGUGAUGAGAAGAGUGAUUGUUAUUCUUUACCUG